AUGGAAGACAAUGAUGCAUGCAUCCAUGGCUGCCCUCAUUGCCAGCAUACGCCAUCAUUUUACUACUUCUCUACCUGUUCUUCUCCUCCCCAACAUAUCCCAAACUGUUCUUUUUUCCAUGAUCAUGAUGUCCUUACAUUGCCUUGUUCUUCUACAUGCCAACAUAAAUGUCCAUCACCGCCGCCACCUGUUAAAGCCAAAGAGAUCACGGAAAAACCACCCCUCAAGCUACGGCGGACCAAAGAAGAUAUAAUUAAGGAGACUACAAAAGAAUAUCGAAAAAAACAGCCUACGGUGAAGUCCAGGCUCCCUGAAAUAGACGAGGAAGAUCCAUGUUGGAGUGAUCCAAGUCUUUAUAUCACAGCACUUCAGCAUAGCCUAGUGAUAACUUGGACUUCUAUGAUCAGUCCCUACAUGCUAGCGGCGGUGAUGGGUGGUGGAAAUGUGGGGAAGGCCGAGGCAAUCCAGAGUUCGCUCUUUACAGCAGCCAUAAGCACAAUCUUGCAGUAUAAAUGGGGUUCUCAGCUUCCUGUGAUGAUGAAAACAUCCGACGCCUUCAUAAGCACUGCCAUCUCCAUUGCUAUAUCAACUAACAAUAAAUAUUGUGCCACACUUCUUCCACGUCAGAGGUUUAAACUAUCCAUGAGACGCAUACAAGGAGCAAGUAUUAUUGGGUCCUUACUCCAAAUCAUCAUUGGUUUCUCUGGCGCGGGGGUGCUCUUUGCAAGUCGUAUUGCUAUUGUCGCUUCUAUUCCUCUUGUUACUGUCACCGGAGUUGGGUUGUAUCAACGUGGAUUCCCUCAGUUGAAGAAGUGUAUUGAAAUUGGACUCCCAGCAAUAUUUAUUGUGAUUUUCUCAACCCAGCUUUCUUCCCGUUUUUGGAAAUCAGAAAAUAGCAUUGCUAGGCGAUUUGCAGUCACAUUAUCGGUGGCAUUGAUAUGGACUAUUUCAGAAAUUGUGACUGUUUCUGGCAAAUUCGAUAAUGUUUCUCAAGAAAAACAAGCCAACUGUCGUACUGAUCGUUCUGGACUCAUUGCUGCUGCACCUUGUCAUCCCAUUUUAUUAAUAAGACUUUAUUUUCUGCAGUCUGAUGAUGAAAGUUCUUAUCGCUCAAAAGGAUUAGAGAGUGCCCUGCCCAUUGUACCUUUUGUACUGCGUAAUGCAAUCGGGUUUCAGGGAAUUGGAACUUUUAUUGAUGCAGUGUUUGGUAUGGGACUUGGCUCCAUUGCUUCAACUGAACAUGUAGGUUUAUUGGGAUUAACAAAGCGAGUCAGCCCAAGGAUUGUGCUUGUAGCAGCAAUUUUUCUGCUUGUAUUUUCUAUGAUAGGAAAACUUGCGGUUAUUCUCGCUUCUAUACCCUUGCCAAUUGUUGCAGUUCUGUAUAUUGUAUUCUUUCCCUAUGUGGUUUCAACUGGUCUUGAAGAUAUCAAUUACUGCGAUUUGAAUAGAUUCAGGCCAAGGUUCAUUCUAGGGUUUGCUCUCUUUGCGGGUGUCUCCAUCAAUAACUACGACAGUGCAUAUGAUGUAUUUUCUGGUCAACCCCUUCCUAAUAACUCCUCCUGGUUCAAUGACUUAUUGCAAGUGAUUGCCUCAUCCCCACCAACAAUUGCAAGUGUAUUAGCCAUCAUUUUUGACGUUUUGAUGGCUAAACCCUCCAUAGAAGAAAGGAAAGAGGCUAAAGAAGGACUGAAGAAGCCAACGGAGGUGCUGCGAGUGGAUGAGGUGGAGGUGGUGCGAUUGAGACCUCUAGCAGAUGAUUUGAGGUCUUUAAUUGAUAAAAAUCAUUCAGCGGGUUCUCUCUUUGGGAAACUGUUCUCGCAAAAACAUUGAUACACUUGAAUGUAUUCAUUAUUCAGUAUAUUAAUAAUUCACUUUUUUUUUUGAAUGUUAAUAUUUCACUUUGUUAAAGAGUGAGUGUUGCGUGAUUUACAUUUAGCUAAUAAAUAAUUAUCAUGUAUUAAUUAUAAUUGAUAUAGACUCGCUUAUA